UACAACAACACCAACAUCAACAAUCCAGUAAUGAUGACAAUAAUAAAGUCUUUAGUGAUGAUGGUGGUGGUGACAGAAUAUUUGCAUCCAAAUCCAAUACAAUCGAUGUAUCGGAAAAAGAAAAUAUCAACUGGAAUGUAUCAUCAUCAAUUGAUUCAACGGCCACACAAAUAAUGAAUGUUGAUAAUGAUCAUCAUCAACAUCAACAUCAACAUCAUAAUUUGUAUAAAAAUAAUAAUCGUUCAUUAAGUAUUGAUGAAACCGAUUCUGUACGCAAUUUUGGUAAUCAAAAGUAUUCGUAUUCAAUAAAUUCCGUUGCAUCUUCAUUUUCAUCGGAUAAUUCAUCACCUGGAAUUAAUGUUAACAAUAAUAAUAAUAAUAAUAAUGUUAAUGUUAAUAUUAAUAAUCAAUUAUCUAACCAUAAUCAUGUUGAACCACAUUCAGCUGAUAUAGUAUUACCAUGUUCAUCAUUAUCAUCAUCAUCGAAUAAAAAUGGUGGCAACGAACAAAUCUGUUUUGGUUGUACACGAUGUAUAACAACAGUGGCGACAACCAACAACAAUCGAAUUCAUUGUUCAACAAUGUUAUCUCGUUCGAUUGAAGAAACAUCAUCAGCAUCACAUCAACACAAUCAACGUCGUUUAAUUAAAACAACAGAAUUGAGUACAGCUAGUACGGGAAGCACAAAAAGUAGUUUAAAUGAUUCAUCAGAGAAUGAGAAUAAUGAAAUGAAUAACACAAAUGGUGGCGGCAAACAUUGUAAAAUUAAUUAUGGUAGCAUGGAAAAUUUAGGAAUGAAAUUUACUGGUAACCUAAAUCGUAUACGUACAACAUCAUUUGGUUCACAUAAAUCCAUUAGUUCAACAUCUCAUCAUCGUCUUUGUAAUCGGCCAUAUCAUGAUGCGACAUGUUGUGUGAAUAAAAAAAAUCCACACGAUCUUUCUACUGGUAGAAAUUAUGUAUUUAUUACAACGAAAACAAGACAACCAGUAUCGGUAUUUUCAUCUAUACCGAUUAAUAAUAAACGUAAUUCUCAUCAUUAUCAUUCAUCGCGAACGGAUUCAAUAUCUACGACAAAAGAACAUCAUAGUUUUAAUUCAAGUAGUAAACGUAGUACAAGACAUAUUUCAGGUAGUCGUCAAUUAUCAACAAUUACUGAUGGUGAAUCAUGUAAUUUAUUAAUGGGUGUUAUUGAUGAACAAUUGGGUUUAGAUACUAUUGAAGAAGAAAUUUCAUUCAGUCCUUUACUCGGACCGAAUAAUAAGAAAUUCAAACCGAAUAACAUAUCUGAAGCGAUUGCUUUUAACAAUUCGAUUGUAAUGAAUCGUUGUUUAGCAGCAUCAUCAACAUCUACAUCAUCAAGAAACAAUCAUCAUUACGAUUCAUUUGGUACAACGACUACACUGACGACCAAUGGAAUGACAAGUCCAAUGAUAUUGGGAACAAGUCCAAUUAAUUCAAAUAAUUGCAUCAAUAAUCACAAUAAUAAUAAUAAUGAUCAGGGAUCAAGCUUGCCAAAUACGCCGGAAUUUCCUUUGAAAAUUGAUUAUUCAACCGUAAAUUGGCCUUAUUUUGCAACAGCUUCACCACAAUGUUUGAAAGAAUUAGUCUAUCAUCCUAAUUUGUUGGAUGAUCCGGAAUUGAUUGCUGGAAAGCAUUCCACAUUAUUGGCAUUUCCAUCGUUUGUGACUUCAAUCAUUGAUUAUGUGAAACCACAAGAUCUGAAAAAAGAAUUGAAUGAUAAAUUUCGUGAACGAUUUCCGCAUAUACAAUUAACAUUGAGCAAAUUAAGAUCAAUCAAAGAGAUGUGUAAAAUUGCCCGAAAUGAGUGUGGAUUAGAUUUUCUAACAAUCGCACAGGCAUAUGUUUAUUUUGAGAAAUUAAUCCUAAAAUUGCUGAUCACCAAACAGAAUCGUAAAUUAUGUGCCGGAGCUUGUUUAGUGUUGUCGGCCAAAUUGAAUGAUGUCAAAGGAGCCGAUUUAAAACUUUUGAUCGAGAAAAUUGAAUCUGGUUUUCGAUUGAAUCGUAAAGAAUUGCUGAAUACAGAAUUUGGUGUUUUGGUUGCUUUGGAAUUUUGUUUACUAUUACCAACAUGGCAAAUUCAACCACAUUAUCAACGAUUAAUGUAUGAAUCUUGAUGAUAUGAUGAUUUUUAUAAACAAAAACAAAAAUCAAUCAUCAAUCAUUGUUGGAUUACCGUCAAUAGAAUUUAAUUUGUUAAUCUGUCAAGCAUUUGUCACGCACAAACACACACACACACACACACAUACAGACAAGCAAUGAGAAAAAAAAGAACAUUUAUAUUUCCAUGUUAUUAAUGUUUAACAAACAAAUUUUAUUUCGUUAACAUUUCAUUUUCAUUUUUUUCAAUUCCAAGAAAAAAACAUUUCGCUACAACA